GUUAGUUGUGGCUCAAGCCAUGGGCUAUGGAUCUGCCUGUUUCUAAGCGAAGAAAGAAGGGAGGAGGCAUGCAGGUGGAGACCUGGCAUGACGAGAAGCUUGCGGCGGAUGGAGAAGUCCUGACACGAGAUCAAUCAGUGACUGGGGAGAUCGGGCGUGUGCUUAGAGACUAUCCUCCUGGCACACAAUCGCUGCGCGAGUUGGUGCAGAAUGCAGAUGAUGCUGGGGCCAGCAUCAUCAAGUUCUUCACAACCGAACCACGGACACCAGACUUGGAAGCCUCAUGUCCUUACCUCCAUGAGGGAUUCAGCGACUUUGCCGGCCCUGCGUUGUACACGUUCAAUGAUGCGAAGUUUUCUGAACAGGACUUCAAAGCCAUUCGAAAUAUUGGUGCUUCAAGCAAACUCAAUGACGCCACCAAGACUGGCAAGUUUGGACUCGGCUUCAAUGCGGUAUAUCAUUUUACAGAUUUGCCCAGCUUCGUUACAGGCUCACAUUUGGUCAUCAUGGAUCCGCACCAACGAAUGCUUCGGGGCAGGGACGGCGAGCGCGCUUUUGCGAGGCGCUGGAAUUUUGUGGAUGAUCCGAGCAUACGUAGCUAUGCGGGUCAUGUUCGCUGGUUUCAAGUCCCAGGCCAUGCUUGUGACUUCUCUGGCGAGUUCGAUGGCACCAUGUUUCGGUUUCCGCUGCGGUCGGAGCAGCACGCUCAUCAUUCGGAGUUGUCCAAGCAGACAUGGAGCUUGGAAAGGAUGCGGGCGGUGUUUCAGCAGUUCCAGGUGGAAUGCAAACCAAUGCUGCUUUUUCUCAAGUCCGUGAGCGCUGUGGAAUAUUGGUCCGAAGAGGCAGAUGGCAACACGAAGCUGGUGUUUCGAGCAAGCGUGAACAGCUGUGACUUCCAAGGGUUUCAGGGCACGCUGCGCCAGAUGUUGGCCAGGGCUGCCCGCGACAGCAUCAAGGCUGCUGUGCAGGAAUUCCUGCCCAAGAUGCAGUGCACCCUACUUGCAGAAGUAUGCUUCAAGUCAAAUCAGAAGGAGAACAGCAACCAAUGGUUGGUGUCCUCAUACUUGGACAAUUCAGAGGUGAUGGUCUUCAGUGAAGAGAAGUCCCAGGAAGUUCCCGGUUCAAGGUUCAUCCCGUGGAUGCUGCUGGCCCUCCCCGUGGAUGAAACUUGCGAAGGCAGCCUCUUCUGCUUCUUGCAGCUUCCAAUCAAGACUGGCAUGUCAGCUCACAUCAAUGGCUUUUUCGAGCUAUCCAGCAAUCGACGUGAGCUAUGGGAUGGUCAAGAUUUGGUUGGGCCUGAAGCCGUGAAGCGCGAUUGGAACAAGCUCUUGUUCUCGCACCUCGCACCACGGUGCUUUCUGGCAGCCGUCAAGCAGCUUACCCGCUUGAGGCAGUCGGAUCAAAGCAUGACCUGUGCCAACGGCUUUUGGCAACAUUCAUUGCCACCCAUGCUGGUGGACUUCGAGCGCAACUUCUUUAACCUGGCGUUGGAUGCAAAUGCCACGGAGCUGGUCGAGACACCCGCUGGUCCACAGCAGAUGUCCGCCUGCUUCUGGAUAGAUGAGAGAUUGGCGCAAGACUCGGCAGUGGUCGCCGCCCUGAACAACCUGCGAGCUCCGAUUUUGAUCGCUGGCGAGUGUCCGCGAAACCAUUUCCGAAGACUUGGAAAGUCCUUUGUGGUACCACGCGUUUUGCGUCAGUGGCUGCAAUCAAGCAAAGCAGAUGCAUUCGACGACUUGCUGGCUUUGCUGCCCUACUGCUUGCAGGAAGUCGCCGAGCCAGCUGACUUGGAUGGCUGCCCUUUGCUGCUCACGCGCUCAAAAGAGGUGAAGCGAUUUGACGAGAAGGAUGGCAGAAGAUAUGUUUGUUGCCUCUCUCAGCAGGAAGAAGACCUAGCGCAACAUCUACCAGACGGAGAGUGUUUGCAUCCUGCUGGAUUGGGGGAUGUCCUGCUGAUGCAUCCGCAAAUACAGAGGUUGACUCAGAGUGUGUUGGCGCAUCAGAAAUUGAGCGCUGGGGCAAGAGAUGCUUUCUGGCGAUGGUACCGAUACGCUUGCUCCAACGAUUUGUGCAGCCCUUUGCCAGACAUCCCGCAGUCCGGUGAUCACAUCCUGGACGACCUGGAAGUUCUUCCCAUCCUGGGCUCUGACAGCUGCACGAUCCUGAGAGAACGCAAGCGCGCCCUCAGUGUCAGACCCGAGCAGUGUGAUGAGCUGGCCGAGGGAUUGUUGUCGUGCCACGUUUUGCUGGUACCGACAGACAUUCCCUGCCCCCAAUUGUCGUCUGUUGACGCAAUGGCUCGUGCUCUUGCAUGCGCGCUUGCGCAGAAUGAGCGUGUUGUAGAGCAUUUGGCUUCAGUUCGGAUGGUCUUGGAGAAGCUUUCACAAUCCCAUACUCCGGAAGCCGAGGAGGCCGCUUCAAAGUUGCCUGCUUUUCGCACAUGGGAUGGCUUUGGCUUGCCAUUGAUGCCACUUUUGCCAGCCUUGCCAGACUGCAUUCGCCGUGCUUUGUGCCACGUGCGCUUGGAUGUCCUCGAUGAGGUGUCUCCUGCAGUUGUGUCGCUGCUUCGACGGAUGCAAAGACCAGAGCUUACACUUGAGCAGGUGGCAACGGAGGCAAUCUCGCGCACGCAGCACCUUGAAUUAAUUGCCGCGCUUCUUCAAGAGAACUUGGGGGCUGUUCUCUGUGACAGGAGCAUUCUUCCGGUUGAAGGUGCCGGCUUGCUGAAGCCUGCAGACUGCUUGUUGUGGGACAGUGAGCCUGACUUUCCUUGCCUCCCACGUCGGAUGGCCAAGCUGGCUGCAGCACAGUUUUGCAAUUUGCGCUCCCAGCUGCUGGCGCUGGGGUGCCGGCGCGAGCUGGAUGAGGUGGACGUGUUGGACAUUGCCAGACAGGUGGAGCAGCGGUCAGACGCGGAUCUGGCAGAGCGGCUUUUGGAGCGCUUGGAGAACCACCCAGACUGGCAGAAGAUUUGCCAGUCUCCAGAUCUGCAACCCGUGCGCUGGCUGUCAGUGAGACAUCCUGGGGCUGAGCGCAGUGUGAUGGCGCCUGCAAGCAGGCCUUGGCAGCAGAGCGCCGAGCAGCUCGUGGGCAGGGUUCGACCACUUGUUGCUGCCAAAGCCACAGCCGCGCGACUCCUAGGAGCUUUGGGGGUUCCGGGGCCAGAGGAUGUGGAUGACGCGGUCUUGUCGGAGCAGCUGAAGGCGCUUACCAGCAAGGCCCGAGCCGAGGAUGUGACACCCAUCUACCAAAAGCUCCGGCGCCCGCCAACGCUGGAGAAGUGGGUCUGGACCAAGUCCGGCUUCCAACCCUUAGAGCAAGUCUCAAAGGAUGGUCGUGUGCUCGGCCUUUGCCCUGCCUUCCAUUUCCUGCAAGAGCAAUGGCAUGACUUGCCGGUUUUCCAAGGUGUCAAUCUGAAGCUCACACCCAAGGAGAUAUUCCAUGCAAUGGCUUCCGAGCCGCCUGUGCACGAGGUUCACAUGACUGCCAUCAAGCUGCUCACGGAUCUGGCAAGUGAUUGCGGCAACAACACUUUGCUCGCAAAGUUUGCGCAGGAAUGUGGGUGCGAGUUGCGGGUCCCCACAAAAGCCUGCAAGCUGGUGCCGGUGCAACAAGCAUUCUUCCACGACAUGAAGUGGAACGGGGAGGGGCUUCCUUCGGACUUGGAGGAGGUUCAUGGCGACGUGUCUAAGUCUGCCUGCAAGUGCUUUGGUGUUCGGAACCUCAGUGAGAUCCUAGCCCAGGAGUGCAGCUGUGGCGAGGGGGACUGGUUGGAGGUUACUGGGCAGCACGAGCCGUUGACCCGACGCCUCAAGAACAUCUUGAAGGACUACCCCUGGCAGGCCCUUGUCAAAGAGAUGCUGCAGAACGCUGAGGAUGCCGGCGCGUCGAAGUUCAAGAUCUUGAUCGACCGGCGGCCUCGCGGCAAGGAGUCCCUGCUCACCCCACAGAUGGCCGAUCAGCAGGGCCCUUGCCUUUGGUUCUACAACGAUGCCGUUUUUGAGGAGAAGGACUUUCAAGCUUUGGUCAGCCUUGGCCAGGGCAGCAAGGCUGGGGAGAAGGGCAAGAUCGGGCGCCACGGCCUGGGUUUCAACUCUAUCUUCAACAUCACGGACCUGCCCUCUGUCCUGAGCAGUGAGUCAAUACUCUUCUUGGAUCCGCACGUGCGUCACUUGAAGCAGCUGAAGGCAAGCCAUUUGCAGCCAGGGAUCCGGCUCAACUUUGCGAAGAAGGAUGUUUGCGCUGCCUGGCCAGACCAGUUCAAGAGUUAUGAGGUCCAGGGUUGCAAGCUGACAGCAGGGAAGUUCAACGGCACCUUGAUCCGCGCGCCUUUGCGUAGACCAGAGGCGGAAAGUGACAUUUCCAAUCACUGCGUCGGCGAAGCGGGGCUGCGGGACAUGACUGAGCUCAUCCGUCUGGAAGGAUACCUUUGGCUGAUUUUCUUGAAGAGCGUGACUUGCAUAGAAGUGCAAGAUUUGGAGUCUGGAGACUUUCUGUGCAGGCACGUGCGGUUGAAGGAGCCGGGCAGUGAGAUCCAGAUCCGCACAGACCAAGAACAGAAAGGCGACUUUGAGCAGAGGAGGUAUGAGUUGCAGAGUGAUGGCGAGGUGAGCGUCGCUGUGCCACUUUGUGUCUCAGCCAAGAGCGAUGAGGGUCGGGUUUUCAGUCGGCUGCCUUUGAACAUCAAGGCGGGCAUGGCAGCUCAUGUGUCAGCUCUGUUCUGGACAAGCGCUGAUCGGAGAAGCGUAGUGUUGGACGUUGACAAGGAUUUGCAGGGGUGGGCGCGCCAGAACCGUGACUACUUGCAGCGCAUUGCUUGCUGUUUGGCCACUUGCGUUGCCAAUCGAGCUGCGCAAGCAAGAGAAGUCCCGAUUGAACUGUUCCCUCGCGGGGAGAAGCCGAGUGAGACUGCCGAGCUUCUCCAUGCCAUGUUCUACCAAGAGAUUGUGCGUCGGUGCAGAGAUUCCGACGCCGGAGUGCUCUACAAUGUUGCUGGCCUUGAAGUGAAAGCCCCGAUGAUUCUUCUGACGGCUCAGGAUGUGCCACAGGCGCUGCAACUUUUGCAAGCGCCGGUUGUCCUCGUCAAUGCAGAGGUCCUCCAGUCCCUGAAGCAGCUGGAUGCCAAGCUGUUCUUGGAGCUUUCCCCGAAAACCUUGAGGGCGUGGCUUCGCAGUAUGCCUGGUGAGCUGGAUCGUCACUGCGACAAGGAGAUCCUGCGCUUUUGCUUGCGGGACGAAGCGCGCGGGGCAGCAGGACAGGUGGCUGAAGACUUGGCCGGCUGCCCCCUGCUCUUCACUGCCGACAGCCAAGUCAGGCGCUUUGCGCAUGAUGCUUACAAAGGCCAGACAACUCUUAAGAUCCUUUGCUGUGCCAGCAAGGAGGAAUGGGACCUCGCGCAGCACUUCCCGCGUGAUUCGGUCUUCCCGUGCACACCCGAAAGCGCACAGGUGCUGUUUCAUCAUCCACAGAUCUGCAAGCUGACUGUGGAAUCUGUAGCAGCGCUCGGCCAAGAGGCUUGCGGGCAAGAGUUUGCGGCUGCCUUCUGGCGCUGGUUUGACCCCCUGUCAGCGCAGCAAGCAGAGGUCAGACUGCCUGACCCGCCGGGAAAACAGCACCCCCUGGAUCACUUGCGAGUGUUGCCCGUGCUCAUGCAGGCUGGCUGCGAACUUUUUCCCUUGGUGGAGCGGAAGCGAGGUUUGUGGCGAAGUGCAGAUCCCGAGCUUUCCAGAGGCUUGGAAGCUUGCGGAGUUUUGCUGGUGUCACAGGAGUCUUCAUGCCCACGGAUAGUGCCAGACAGCGUUGCGCGGGCCGUCCAUCACGCGACCAGUGCCACCACAGAGCCGCUGGAGCCGUCCCGUGCCAGCGCGCAGGCUUGGCGUGCUGUGCUGCAGCAGCUUGCGCGGUCAGAUUUGUCAGAGGCCGCGCGCGCGGCCCGCCGGUUGCCAGCAUUUCGGUCAUGGGAUGGCCAGGCAUCGUAUCCAGACAAGCGCCUUUUCCCAGCUCACGCAUCAAGGAUGCUGCAUGAGGCGCUGCAGCACAUCAAGCUUGACGUCCUAAAGGAGGAGGACAUGAACAUCCUGGCGCUGCUUCGCAAGAUGAAAGUGCCUGAAGUGCCACUGGAGCAGGUUGCAAGAGAUGCGCUUUGUCAGACCCAAGACAUCAAGUUGGUGGCGCUACUGAUUCGUGAAGGCCUAGGAAACGUGCUACGCGGUGAGCCCGUUCUACCCGUGCAGGGCGGCUCUUGCCUGCCUCCAGAAAGUUGCCUGCUUUGGGACGGUGAGGGCGAGUUUGAGGUCGUCCCUCGCCGGAUCUCUUCCUCAGCGUCGGAGCAGUUGCGGGGGCUGCAAGGCAAGCUUGCCGAGCUUGGGUGCCGGCGCGAGCUGGAUGAGGUGGACGUGUUGGACAUUGCCAGACAGGUGGAGCAGCGGUCAGACGCGGAUCUGGCAGAGCGGCUUUUGGAGCGCUUGGAGAACCACCCAGACUGGCAAAAGAUUUGCCAGUCUCCAGAUCUGCAACCCGUGCGCUGGCUGUCAGUGAGACAUCCUGGGGCUGAGCGCAGUGUGAUGGCGCCUGCAAGCAGGCCUUGGCAGCAGAGCGCCGAGCAGCUCGUGGGCAGGGUUCGACCACUUGUUGCUGCCAAAGCCACAGCCGCGCGACUCCUAGGAGCUUUGGGGGUUCCGGGGCCAGAGGAUGUGGAUGACGCGGUCUUGUCGGAGCAGCUGCAGGCGCUUACCAGCAAGGCCCGAGCCGAGGAUGUGACACCCAUCUACCAAAAGCUCCGGCGCCCGCCAACGCUGGAGAAGUGGGUCUGGACCAAGUCCGGCUUCCAACCCUUAGAGCAAGUCUCAAAGGAUGGUCGUGUGCUCGGCCUUUGCCCUGCCUUCCAUUUCCUGCAAGAGCAAUGGCAUGACUUGCCGGUUUUCCGAGGUGUCAAUCUGAGGCUCACACCCAAGGAGAUAUUCCAUGCAAUGGCUUCCGAGCCGCCUGUGCACGAGGUUCACAUGACUGCCAUCAAGCUGCUCACGGAUCUGGCAAGUGAUUGCGGCGACAACACUUUGCUCGCAAAGUUAGCGCAGGAAUGUGGGUGCGAGUUGCGGGUCCCCACAAAAGCCUGCAAGCUGGUGCCGGUGCAACAAGCAUUCUUCCACGACAUGAAGUGGAACGGGGAGGGGCUUCCUUCGGACUUGGAGGAGGUUCAUGGCGACGUGUCUAAGUCUGCCUGCAAGUGCUUUGGUGUUCGGAACCUCAGUGAGAUCCUAGCCCAGGAGUGCAGCUGUGGCGAGGGGGACUGGUUGGAGGUUACUGGGCAGCACGAGCCGUUGACCCGACGCCUCAAGAACAUCUUGAAGGACUACCCCUGGCAGGCCCUUGUCAAAGAGAUGCUGCAGAACGCUGAGGAUGCCGGCGCGUCGAAGUUCAAGAUCUUGAUCGACCGGCGGCCUCGCGGCAAGGAGUCCCUGCUCACCCCACAGAUGGCCGAUCAGCAGGGCCCUUGCCUUUGGUUCUACAACGAUGCCGUUUUUGAGGAGAAGGACUUUCAAGCUUUGGUCAGCCUUGGCCAGGGCAGCAAGGCUGGGGAGAAGGGCAAGAUCGGGCGCCACGGCCUGGGUUUCAACUCUAUCUUCAACAUCACGGACCUGCCCUCUGUCCUGAGCAGUGAGUCAAUACUCUUCUUGGAUCCGCACGUGCGUCACUUGAAGCAGCUGAAGGCAAGCCAUUUGCAGCCAGGGAUCCGGCUCAACUUUGCAAAGAAGGAUGUUUGCGCUGCCUGGCCAGACCAGUUCAAGAGUUAUGAGGUCCAGGGUUGCAAGCUGACAGCAGGGAAGUUCAACGGCACCUUGAUCCGCGCGCCUUUGCGUAGACCAGAGGCGGAAAGUGACAUUUCCAAUCACUGCGUCGGCGAAGCGGGGCUGCGGGACAUGACUGAGCUCAUCCGUCUGGAAGGAUACCUUUGGCUGAUUUUCUUGAAGAGCGUGACUUGCAUAGAAGUGCAAGAUUUGGAGUCUGGAGACUUUCUGUGCAGGCACGUGCGGUUGAAGGAGCCGGGCAGUGAGAUCCAGAUCCGCACAGACCAAGAACAGAAAGGCGACUUUGAGCAGAGGAGGUAUGAGUUGCAGAGUGAUGGCGAGGUGAGCGUCGCUGUGCCACUUUGUGUCUCAGCCAAGAGCGAUGAGGGUCGGGUUUUCAGUCGGCUGCCUUUGAACAUCAAGGCGGGCAUGGCAGCUCAUGUGUCAGCAUUGUUCUGGACAAGCGCUGAUCGGAGAAGCGUAGUGUUGGACGUUGACAAGGAUUUGCAGGGGUGGGCGCGCCAGAACCGUGACUACUUGCAGCGCAUUGCUUGCUGUUUGGCCACUUGCGUUGCCAAUCGAGCUGCGCAAGCAAGAGAAGUCCCGAUUGAACUGUUCCCUCGCGGGGAGAAGCCGAGUGAGACUGCCGAGCUUCUCCAUGCCAUGUUCUACCAAGAGAUUGUGCGUCGGUGCAGAGAUUCCGACGCCGGAGUGCUCUACAAUGUUGCUGGCCUUGAAGUGAAAGCCCCGAUGAUUCUUCUGACGGCUCAGGAUGUGCCACAGGCGCUGCAACUUUUGCAAGCGCCGGUUGUCCUCGUCAAUGCAGAGGUCCUCCAGUCCCUGAAGCAGCUGGAUGCCAAGCUGUUCUUGGAGCUUUCCCCGAAAACCUUGAGGGCGUGGCUUCGCAGUAUGCCUGGUGAGCUGGAUCGUCACUGCGACAAGGAGAUCCUGCGCUUUUGCUUGCGGGACGAAGCGCGCGGGGCAGCAGGACAGGUGGCUGAAGACUUGGCCGGCUGCCCCCUGCUCUUCACUGCCGACAGCCAAGUCAGGCGCUUUGCGCAUGAUGCUUACAAAGGCCAGACAACUCUUAAGAUCCUUUGCUGUGCCAGCAAGGAGGAAUGGGACCUCGCGCAGCACUUCCCGCGUAGUUCGGUUUUCUCCUGCACACCCGAAAGCGCACAGGUGCUGUUUCAUCAUCCAGAGAUUUGCAAGCUGACUGUGGAAUCUGUAGCAGCGCUCGGCCAAGAGGCUUGCGGGCAAGAGUUUGCGGCUGCCUUCUGGCGCUGGUUUGACCCCCUAUCAGCGCAGCAACCAGAGGUCAGACUGCCUGACCCGCCGGGAAAACAGCACCCCCUGGAUCACUUGCGAGUGUUGCCCGUGCUCAUGCAGGCUGGCUGCGAACUUUUUCCCUUGGUGGAGCGGAAGCGAGGUUUGUGGCGAAGUGCAGAUCCCGAGCUUUCCAGAGGCUUGGAAGCUUGUGGAGUUUUGCUGGUGUCACAGGAGUCUUCAUGCCCACGGAUAGUGCCAGACAGCGUUGCGCGGGCCGUCCAUCACGCGACCAGUGCCACCACAGAGCCGCUGGAGCCGUCCCGUGCCAGCGCGCAGGCUUGGCGUGCUGUGCUGCAGCAGCUUGCGCGGUCAGAUUUGUCAGAGGCCGCGCGCGCGGCCCGCCGGUUGCCAGCAUUUCGGUCAUGGGAUGGCCAGGCAUCGUAUCCAGACAAGCGCCUUUUCCCAGCUCACGCAUCAAGGAUGCUGCAUGAGGCGCUGCAGCACAUCAAGCUUGACGUCCUAAAGGAGGAGGACAUGAACAUCCUGGCGCUGCUUCGCAAGAUGAAAGUGCCUGAAGUGCCACUGGAGCAGGUUGCAAGAGAUGCGCUUUGUCAGACCCAAGACAUCAAGUUGGUGGCGCUACUGAUUCGUGAAGGCCUAGGAAACGUGCUACGCGGUGAGCCCGUUCUACCCGUGCAGGGCGGCUCUUGCCUGCCUCCAGAAAGUUGCCUGCUUUGGGACGGUGAGGGCGAGUUUGAGGUCGUCCCUCGCCGGAUCUCUUCCUCAGCGUCGGAGCAGUUGCGGGGGCUGCAAGGCAAGCUUGCCGAGCUUGGGUGCCGGCGCGAGCUGGAUGAGGUGGACGUGUUGGACAUUGCCAGACAGGUGGAGCAGCGGUCAGACGCGGAUCUGGCAGAGCGGCUUUUGGAGCGCUUGGAGAACCACCCAGACUGGCAGAAGAUUUGCCAGUCUCCAGAUCUGCAACCCGUGCGCUGGCUGUCAGUGAGACAUCCUGGGGCUGAGCGCAGUGUGAUGGCGCCUGCAAGCAGGCCUUGGCAGCAGAGCGCCGAGCAGCUCGUGGGCAGGGUUCGACCACUUGUUGCUGCCAAAGCCACAGCCGCGCGACUCCUAGGAGCUUUGGGGGUUCCGGGGCCAGAGGAUGUGGAUGACGCGGUCUUGUCGGAGCAGCUGAAGGCACUUGCCAGCAAGGCCCGAGCCGAGGAUGUGACACCCAUCUACCAAAAGCUCCGGCGCCCGCCAACACUGGAGAAGUGGGUCUGGACCAAGUCCGGCUUCCAACCCUUAGAGCAAGUCUCAAAGGAUGGUCGUGUGCUCGGCCUUUGCCCUGCCUUCCAUUUCCUGCAAGAGCAAUGGCAUGACUUGCCGGUUUUCCGAGGUGUCAAUCUGAGGCUCACACCCAAGGAGAUAUUCCAUGCAAUGGCUUCCGAGCCGCCUGUGCACGAGGUUCACAUGACUGCCAUCAAGCUGCUCACGGAUCUGGCAAGUGAUUGCGGCGACAACACUUUGCUCGCAAAGUUAGCGCAGGAAUGUGGGUGCGAGUUGCGGGUCCCCACAAAAGCCUGCAAGCUGGUGCCGGUGCAACAAGCAUUCUUCCACGACAUGAAGUGGAACGGGGAGGGGCUUCCUUCGGACUUGGAGGAGGUUCAUGGCGACGUGUCUAAGUCUGCCUGCAAGUGCUUUGGUGUUCGGAACCUCAGUGAGAUCCUAGCCCAGGAGUGCAGCUGUGGCGAGGGGGACUGGUUGGAGGUUACUGGGCAGCACGAGCCGUUGACCCGACGCCUCAAGAACAUCUUGAAGGACUACCCCUGGCAGGCCCUUGUCAAAGAGAUGCUGCAGAACGCUGAGGAUGCCGGCGCGUCGAAGUUCAAGAUCUUGAUCGACCGGCGGCCUCGCGGCAAGGAGUCGCUGCUCACCCCACAGAUGGCCGAUCAGCAGGGCCCUUGCCUUUGGUUCUACAACGAUGCCGUUUUUGAGGAGAAGGACUUUCAAGCUUUGGUCAGCCUUGGCCAGGGCAGCAAGGCUGGGGAGAAGGGCAAGAUCGGGCGCCAUGGCCUGGGUUUCAACUCCAUCUUCAACAUCACGGACCUGCCCUCUGUCCUGAGCAGAGAGUCCGUGCUAUUCCUGGAUCCGCAUGUGAAGCACUUACAGCGUCUUGGAGCUUCUGCAGCAAAACCUGGAGCUAAGCUGAACUUUGCCAAGAAAGACCUCAAGAGCGUUUGGCCUGACCAGUUCACUCCAUACGAGUUGGAGGGGUGCCGCUUGUCAGAGAAGUUCUUCCACGGCACGUUGGUGCGGGCGCCUUUGCGUCGUGCUCCGAGUGAAAUUAGCGCGACGUGUGUUGGAGAAGAAGAGGUUAACCAGCUACUGAAGCUCAUCACAACCGAAGGUCAUCUUUGGCUUCUGUUUCUUCGGCAGAUCUCUGAACUGGAGGUUGUUGACGUGAGCGACAAUAGCACGCUCGUCACUCACCGGCGGCACCAGGCAGCCGACGAGGUCAGGCUCCAGAGCCGAGAUAGGGGCGGCGAAGAGUGCCGCAUCUUCCAUGCGCGCAAUGAUGAAGAGGUGUCUGUGGCUGUCCCAGCUGGCAAGGGAUCGUUCCAGGGUCGUGUUUUCAGUCGACUGCCGCUUGAUAUCCCAUCAGGCAUGCCUGCACAUGUUUCUGCUUUGUUUUGGACAAGCACUGACCGCCGAACUCUGGUACUGGACACAAGCAGGGAUCAAGCGCAAUGGGCCAGGCAAAACCAAGAGUUGCUGCGCUUGGCUUGCAAGUGCUUGGUCGCUCUGGCAGCAAGUCGGGCAGCCAAGCGGCGGUCCUCGCCACUGGAACUCUUUCCAGGCCCUACUCGGCCAAGUGAUGCUGCUGAAUUGUUGCACAGCUAUUUCUAUGGCGAAGUUGCACAGUGCUGCAGGUCUCCCGAUGCUCAGCAAGUUCUGUAUACAGUGGCAGGUGAGCCUGCGUGCUUUUCCACCGUCUUGCUUGCGCGGCGCGGAGUGCUUGACCGCGAAGAGUUCGCUGAUGCGUUGGACAAGCUGAAAGCGCCAGUCGUAGCGGUGGACCAAACCAUGCUCGAGGGGCUCGCAGCUGCAGACCUGCAGAUCUUCCAGGAGCUCACUCCGCGCUCCAUGCGUGUGUGGCUGCGCCACGUGCCGGAGACGGUCAGUCGCUUUUGUAACGCAUCUGUGCUGUGCUUUUGUGUUGCAGACGGCGCGCGCAAAGAUGUUUCCGGGCCUGCAGGUGAGGAUUUGGAGUCGUGUCCUCUUGCCCUCACUAUUGACGGAGGUGUUCAUCGGUUUGACUCGUCCUUGCCAGCACAAUUCAUUUGUUGUGCAGAUUUGGAAGAGUGGGCUAUUGCGCAGCAUCUCCCUCCAGCAGUUGUUCUUCGGCAUGUCCCGGCAGCCAGCGAAGUUUUGCAGCAUCAUGCUCAGGUUUGCCCUGUGAAUUGCCAGACAAUUGCCAAUCAUGGUGUGCACGCCGCGGGAGAGGGUUGGGCGGCCGCCUUUUGGAAGUGGUACAACCAGCAGUGCUUGCAGCAACCGAGCAUUCGACUGACUCGGAGAGCAGGCGAAGCUCACAUGUUCGAUGCUCUUGUGGUGUUGGACCAUAAAGAAGCGGAUGGCAGCAUCCGACUGCAUGAGUUGACAGAGCGGCACAGAGCUCUCAGAUGUGAUGACUUUGCUUCGCCUGUGGUGCCAUGCUUGCGAGCCUGCGGUGCUCUUCUGGUGAUCAGUGGCGACUGCCCCUUUUGGGAGAGCCCAGAUGCUUUGGCUGUUGCUGUAAGCCUGUCCCUUUCCACAAGCAACGGCGACGCUUUUCAAGGCAAUACUGCAGUGACGGAGGAAGGCUGGAGGGGGCUGCUUGCGAUUCUGAUGAAGUCGGAAAGGGAGGAGGCUCAAAGUGUUGGAAGAGCGUUGCCCUUGUUCCGGCAUUGGAACGGAAGUCUUGGCAAGCCAAGCACGAAGUUAUUUCCUACAUCGGUGAGCGGCAGCUUUCGCUCUGCCAUGCGGGGCCUGAACCUAGAAGCAGUCGCAGAACAGGACGGAGCAACCGUUGAUUUCUUGAGAAGGAUGGGCGUCGAAGAAUGGACGCCGCAAGACAUUGCCAAGCAAGCCUUGCAGAUGAGCAGCAGUACGGAGAUUGUGGCAAGCAUCUUGAAGGAGGGAUUGGGGGAUGUGCUACGUGGGGUGCCUGUGUUUCCUGUACAAGGAACAGAGGAGUUGCUCCCAGCUGACGAGUGCUUGCUUUGGGAUGCAGAAGAGGAUUUCCCAUGGCUCUUUCGCCGCAUUGCGCAGCCUGCAGCAGAUGUGUUGAGGGGUUUUCGCGUACGACUUUUGGAACUCGGUUGUCGGGUGGAGCUGGAUGCAAUAGAUGCGGCGGAAGUUGCAAGAAAUGCACACCAGUCUCAAGACCAUGCGAUGGCAGGGAAACUUUUGGCCAGGUUGAGCAAGUUGCAGCAUUUGUGUAGCAUGACUUUAUUGCAGGAGAUCGCGUGGUUGCCUGCAAAUGAUGGCGCUCUGCAUGCCCCAAGCCAGAAUGUUUGGCAUGAGUCUGCAAAGCAGCUAGUCGGCCACGUGAGGCCCCUGGCUUCGGGGGACAAGGCAACUCUCAAAUUGCUGGGCGUUCGAGUGCCAGAGGACGUAGAUGAUCCAGUUCUACACGAGCAACUGCAGUCCAUAACGGCGGCAUCCCAUGGACCUGCCAGGAUGGUUCAGCCGAUCUAUGAGCUCUUGAAGCAGCCGCCGCCAAACCUGACUUGGGUUUGGACAGAGCACGGCUUUGCAGCCAGCGAGGAUGUUUGCAAGGACAGCAAGGCUGGUGAGUUGUGGCCUCUCAUGCAUAGGCUCCCGCUGGAAUGGUGCAGCUAUCCUGUGUUCAGCAGCAUUCAGUCGCAGUUAGAUGUCCCCACCUUGCUGCGGUUGUUGCGACAACUUGAGGCUUUGCAAAGCAGCUCCCAGACAGAAGAAGGCAUUGUGCAGGGCGCAUUUCGCAGUUUGAUGGAUGUUUUCGGAGGGGGGGGCAAUAGCAAGGAGAGGAGUCGGCAUGUGGAUGUUGCUUGCAGUGUGAUCAAGUUCUUGCACGAACUUCUGCCCAGCGUCCCUGACUUCCUCGAGAAGCACAGGCAGGAUCUGCUCCUACCAUGUGAGGCUGGACUUUUGCGCCGCCUGGACGCGCUAUAUUAUCAUGACAUGCCUUGGACAUCGCGGAAGUGGACAGACACCAUGUUUUUGAUGCAUGCCAAAGUCCCUUUGUGUUUUGCGCACGCUUUUGGCGUGCAGCCCAGCAGUGUCUUGAUGUUGAAGCAGCUACACCGCAGUCCAGUUGGAAGUGAUCAGGACACUUCCCCGCAAGCAGAUGCCCAGCGGUCCAAGGGUUUCAAUCUUCAGCGGGCAGGCCAAGGCCAGACGUCCCUUGCAGCGGUGCUGGACCUCUUUCUUCAAAUGGCAGACUCUGCUGGCGCAACCAUUCUGCAAGCCACCUUCGAUAUGGACACGCACAAAGACGUGUCGUUGAUCUCGCAUCGUUUGGCAGAGUUGCAAGGUCCAGCGCUUCGCAUUGUUUUCAACAAGCCGUUGCACGGGAAAGACUGGAAGAGCCUGCGCAAUCUCGAGAUCAAGUGGAGCCCGCUCUUUGGACUCUCCGACUUGGUCGCAGUUGUCAGCAAAGGCUAUGCGUGCUUCAUCGAUCCCGUCAAAGGGUAUUUGCGGGACCUUGUGGAUCAUCCUGACCAAUAUUGGCUAGGCCUGUGCUCAAAGGAUUUGAACAUGAAGUGGCCCGACCAAUUCAAGCCGUUUGAGCAUGGGAUGGAGAAUGUUUUCUCGGGAGAAACCAAUGUGACCAUAGUGCGGAUGCCUUUGCGGGGGAUGAUGUCAGCAUCUCUGACUGAACGUGCCAAAUUCAAGGAGUCUCAGCAGAAGCAGGUGAAUGAGAUUGUUGGGCAGAAGCCUUGGUUGCUAUUUGCCCGCAGUGUGUUUUGCUUGGAAUUGCUUGAGCGUGAUGUGAGUCGUGAUUCUGAUCUUGUCGCCGCAAGCCCCAUUUACAAAGAAGAAGUGAAGCUUCAGCGACUUGGGCCAGAAGGCACGUGCCUGGAACAAAGGUCAACCUCUGACUGGCACUUGGACCAAAACAAACAGCACCAAGAGUGGCUCGUUGGGUGGCGAGAGGCCAAAGCGCUGGCGUGCAAUUUCAGGUCCUCAGAUGCUUUGCUCGCGCCACGAAUUGGAGCAACAUUCCAGUCAGUCCCUCAAAGGCCAGUCAUCUUCUCUGGAGCGCACGUGUUUGGUUUCGACCAGGCUCAGCUUGCAGCUGGGGCUCCGGAGUCAGAUAUCAAGCACCUGGCCAACGCUGCUGUUGACAUUGUGUUGAAGGUAUGGGAAACAGAGCAUCGGCUUCAGCAAACUUUGGUGCCCCAGGAUCCUGCUGCGAGCCUAGGGAGGUUCUUUGCUGACAUCUUCAUCGGCCGCUUCCGGGUUGGCGGGCAGAGUUUGAGGGUCUGCCAGGAAGCCCCACGACCGGAUCUAGUUGCAAGCCACCCUGGCUUUCAGACAUGGCUGGCAUCCACUUUGCGCGUCAUGGUGAUGCCGCAGCACCUGGGGAGACUGAUGCAGCAGGCGGCCAAUUUCAGCAUUCCGAAGGCUUCCGUCAGGCACGUGCUGGAUGGGCUUGCAAGUCUACCCCCAAGUUUUGCGGACGCUGCUUGCAAGUGGCUCUUUGAGGGCUUCCAGGAUCAGAACGUCAAGCAACACAUAUCCAGCUCCUACCGCCACUUGGCGCUGGUGAAGCGGGAAGACGGCUCUUUGGGAGACUUUGCCGGCCGGGCAUGGCACAUCCGGGACGAGGAUCGCCCGCUGCGCGCCCUGAUUCGCGCCGCUGAGCCGAGUAAGAAUGUCAUCAAGAGCACGGAGAUGGCGCAGAGGUACUUUGAUCGUUCGCUGGGUGUGUUGGAUCCGCGACGUAUCGAGGACGUGGCCGAGGGCAUUGUGGAUGUGAACUCCCAAGUAUUCUGGAAGUUCUUCCAAGAGGGCCUCUAUGAUGCCUCGCAACUGGCCCUGCUGGAGCGGAAGAUUGAAGUGAGGAUCAGAGGAGCAAGUCAGACCAUGCCGCUGGAAAGAUAUGCCUUUCUAACGCCACGAUGCAAGGGGCUGAAGCCACUUGUGGCUAUUGGCUGUGUAGAGGCUUUGGAUGCUGUUCCGGAGCCUUAUGCGGGAAGCAGUCCAGAGCAUGUCGCAGCUCAUGUGCGGGCUCUUGUCUCCAAGGGCCGGCUGCGGGUUCAAGCAGCAGGGGAUGAUGACAGGAAGACGCUUUGCCAGAUGUUUCUGGAGGAAGCUCAUGACAGUACAGUCAUUCAAGUCUUCUCAGAUUUGCCGAUUGUGAAGCACGGAGAUCGACAUGAACCGCUGAAGAAGUUUAGCAUUGUGCCACAUGCACGAUUGGCCUCAGCCUGUCGUCAUUGUGGACUUCUGGUCUUAGCGGAGAGCGACCGCCUCAGCAAGGCUUUGAAGAAGGUCCAACCUGCCCGGCACAGCGAGGGGCCUGGCGACCUCCUUGAGAGACAUCAACAAGAAUUGCGCAACAGCAACCGGCAGGAAGAUCUUCAGCGACUUCUUUUGGCUGCCUUGGAGGCGUCGGAGGAUGCAAGUCAAGUACAGAAGAUUGUGCGCUGCCCUUUGCUGGCGGGCCAGCAGAUGAUUGCGAGCCUCUGGCGGCCGACGGAUCCGCUCGCAAACAUUCUGGGCGCCGCAGACGCCACGCUUCAGGCCUUUGCAAAGGAGGUAGCAAGGUUCCCCCACGUCAAAAGCCUGCUGAAGUCGACCUUGAAGGCCAAGCAUUUCCUGGAGCUGAUGGAGGCGCAGAGGCCAAGAGAUCGGCUGCAGGGCAAGCAAAGGGACAGAUUUGCAGGUGAGAUUCUCAACACCCUCGGCAAGAUGCACGGUAGCGAGCUGCAACAGCUCCAGCAGGGCAGAUUCAGCACAUUGCCGAUCUUCUUCAUGAAUGGCCACUGGACACAAAGCUCUGACAUCUUUACACAAAAGUUCGAGAGCCUUCUGUGCUACUGCGACGUGCCUAUUCUCCCGCGGGAGUUUGCGCCCGAUGUGGAACGCCUUUUUGCAGCAAAGCCCCCGGCUGCUUUGGUUGCCCAACAUCUUCGCAAGCUGGCAGAGCGGCAAGGACGCGCAGUGGCUCCAGAUCAGCGCCAGAAGUUCCUGGUCGUUUACGAGUAUUUGAACGACAACCAGCCGGAACAGCCGGAAGUCACAAGGGAGCUGAAAGAAAGCCGGUGCAUCAUGGACACCGAGGGAGUUCUUCGCUUGGCGCAUCAUUUCAGCUUGAGGCUGCUCAUGGAUCUCGGUCCGGUACAUGCGGUGCCGGACGACGUGAAGCCGUUUAAGGGGAUGUUGCUGGCCCUGGGAGCUCGGCAGACUGCCUCGGAUCGUCCGCUUCCCCCACAGUUGACACCAAAGCAAGUGUUGCAGGAGCUAAGACAAGAUGACCAGUUCACCGACUUGACUGUCGAAUGCCGCGAUGGAAUGGUCAUGGCACACCGUGCCAUUUGGUGCAAAACUUGCCCGAAGCUGUUUGACAAACUGACCCUGAGCAGUCCAGGGAAAUGGUGCCUCAAGGAGAAGGUCAGAUGCUCCCAGCGAUCACUCGAGCUUCUGCGCGACAUGAUGUACUCAGGGAGGGUGGACGGUGACAUCGUGGACGAGAUGAGCCUGGAGCAACAGCAGGAGUGCCUCAGUGUAGCCCGCUGGCUUGGCAUGGAGUAUGUGCGGGAGUGGAUGGCGCAAUACUUGCAUGGCGUUAAGCCCGAAGACGUGGAUCCGACAUGCCAAAUUCCUCCCCAUUGGAAGAAGCAGCCCAUGCCAGCUCAAGGUUGGCGGGCCAUCCCCAUCUCCGAAGACGAUCUGCUUCGGCAGCUGAGCAUGGUUCUCAAACCGCGCAACGCAGAGGAUCUGGGUCAUGGUCGGGAUUGCACACGGUGGCCGCAGUACAGGCGCCUGAACCUGAAAAAGGCUUGGCGCGUAGAGAACGCAUUGCUAUGGCGGAAGUACGACACCGAGAGGGCCAACAUGAAGGAGCUCUCCAAAUCACGGCUGAGGCAAAUGCCAACAGUGCAUAUUCGCCCUGAGCUGGCAGAGUCAACGCGAGCUCUGCCGUAUCCCGUUUGUACGGAGGUCAAUGAGGUAUUCUUGCUCCACGGUACCAAGCCAGAGACAGUGAAGCACAUUUUGAAUGAUGGGCUGAACGAGCGCUUCUCGGGUGGGCUUUUCGGUAGCGGCUCCUACCUAGCCGAGGAUCCGGAGAAAAGUGACCAGUAUGCGACAGUGGACCGGGACGGGAAAAUGCUGCCAACAGACCUCAGCACGGAAUGCCGUUCGAUUGGAGAUGUGUUCUACAUCUUUGUGUGCCGGACCUUGCUAGGCUGGUUUGUGCAGACGAAAGAUGGUGAGACACAUCUUCAGAGUGGCCUGAGUAUUUGGUCAACGAGGGACAAGCGGGAGUUGAGCUACAUUCCUGGUGUGGAGCCACAAAUGACCUUUCAAUCAUUGCAGGUAGAGAUUGGAGGCAGGGUGCAUCGGAAUCGGGAAUACAUCUUGACUCACAGCGAACGGAUCUACCCUGAGUACUUGAUUGCAUACAGCAGAAGCUGAUAUGCAACGCAUGUAAAGGAGCAGAUCCAGGUGGUGCUUGAGUUGCACGAAUUCAGCCAUGUCGAUUUGUGUUGGGAUGCCAUGUAGUUCGUGCUAUCUAACUUGUGCA